GAGGGCGCGUGUAAACGAACUGUGCAAAAUAAGAGUUUCAUAAUGGCAUAAAAAUAACCAAAUAAAAAAAAAACUCAAAGGUUGUUCAUUCUACAGUGAUUUUUGUAAUAUUCUGUGACGUUUCAGAAGACAUAAAAAAUGUUAAUAAAAAAAAAACUGUCUUUUUUAGAAGGGGACUUUUAACGAAGUGUACUGAUCACAACGGCCGCCAGAGGUCGCUGUCGACUCGCGCGCGGCGAGAGGUCACGUGAGCCUCAUUCUGAUGCGGUUUAAACGUGUUCUGUAUGUGAACGCGCAUAACGGUUCCAGUAACGGCUGUUACGGAAGAUGAUGAACAAAAAGACACGUAAAGUCAUGAAAUAAUCGAUUUUCAUUAGCAAACAGAGUAUAGAUUUUGAUGAUAUUCGUGUAUUAAAUUUUAUAUUGAAUAUCUUAUAUGAUCUGUUCAAUCUUAGGUGCAUCAGUUUGCUUAAAAAAGUAACGUUAUUGACUUUUAGCGAUGUUUAUGUCAUUUCCAUCACGUGCAGGUCAUUAAAUGGUUGAUUAUUCGAUCGGACCACGAUGGAUGUGGAGUUUGACGAGUCUCUUCUCAGAGUCCACAUAAACUACAAUAACUUCCCGGCGAAGUUGUGGCGUCUGAUAAACAAUCCCCGAAAGGACUCGGUCUUCUGGAGCCCAAAAGGAGAGAGAGUGAUUGUGGACCAGCAGCGGUUUGAGGACGAGCUUCUGUCGCCGGUCGAGCAAGACGCCAAGCCGUUCAAGACCACCAACUUCACCAGCUUCAUCCGCCAACUCAACCUGUACGGCUUCCGGAAGGCUUAUGACAGGUCCUUCAAGGACAGACGCCGCGACCUGCACCGCUUCCACAACCCCUUCUUCAAACGGGGCCGGCCGGAGCUUCUGGUCCACAUGAAGAGGCUCACCAUCGGCAACAAGGCCAAGAUGCAGUCCGGAGAGGAAGUGACCUGUCGCCCCCCGAGCCGAAACCGCCAGCCGUCUCAACACGACACCACAGAGGAGAAGAGAGGCCAGUUUAACUUUCAGAACGUGACACAUGUUCAGCAGACCCACAUGUUCAGAUGUGGUCCGGAGAAAGCCCGGUUCCUCCGCUCUCCUGGAGCUUUCCUCACACCCGCUCCCGUUGCUCUGUUUCCACACGAGCCCAAAUAUAUACCUCAUCAGCUGACCUGUCCUCCUGGAUUUUAUCUGCCAGUAGUUUGUCAGUGCUGCACCGCUGCUUUUAUUGAAGGUGGAGAAGCAGCUCGGCCAUAUUCACAUUAUGCUUAUUACCCGCAGAACUAUUCACUGAGCCACGAUCACAACAGCAUCCAAAGCACGACCUGGCCCGCGGAGUCUCAGCGGGGCGACGUGAACCUCGACAGGGUGUUUCAGAUGGUGGAUGAGCUCCAGGGUCUGCCCAACAUCCAUGUAGCGCGAGUGGGCUCCCCUGUGAACGUCCAGCGCUCGUCCAGCCCAUCAGCUGACCUCGACCCUCCUCAGCGCUCCAGGACAGACACCUCCACGGCCUGCAGAGAGUCUGAGAAGCAAGGAGCCUGCCAACUCCAAGAAGGUCAUUCGGCAUCCCCGGAGGCCUCGGUAAAGGCUGCUACAGAGGAAGUGACUCAGGGAAGCAGCAGAGACAAACAGCACAGACUCUAGCGUUCCUGCCGUUCGGAUCAACCACACUGAGUCUUCGGGACAGCUCGUGCGGAUUCUG